CGCGGCACCAACGGAAGGGGACAAGAUUAUAAACAUCUGUUCUCGAGAUAAUCAAUUAAGCCACGAGGGAUACGCGGAACGGUAUUUCGAUCGCCGAUUGAUUGUCGUCGGAGUAAUCCGCACAUAAACCCUUGGUUUCAGUGGUGUCUCGUUGGGGAGAGCCCUGUUGGCGGGUUGUUGUCGAAGCUCCAGCUGUGGCAAUGGCGGCAUCGUUCGCGCUCUGCGCUUCGCGACCUAUGUUGGUCUCGUCGCACCUGGGCACGCCAAUGAGACCAACUGGGCGUGUUGAGUCUGUGGGUGCAUUGGGUUCGCAAUCGUCAUUUUCCCAAUUGUCCCGUUUGUCGCCCUGCAAGUUGCAAUGGCAGAGCAUUGGCACUGAUCAAAUGCAGGGGAGGAAGUACAGUAUGCUGAUAGCUGGCUGCGCUGCUUCACCUAAUGACACGAUCAAUGCUCAGCAAAGCACUUUGAACAACAGGUUUCCAUUACAGGAUGUACUGGAAGCGCAGCAGUUCGACAGGAAACUUCUGAACUCUAUCUUUGAGGUGGCAAGGGAAAUGGAAGACAUAGAGAGGGAUGCUGCUGGAUCGGAGCUGCUGAAGGGAUUCUUAAUGGCUACCCUGUUUUACGAACCUUCCACUCGUACUAGGCUUUCGUUCGAAUCCGCUAUGAAGAGGCUGGGUGGAGAAGUUUUGACGACUGAAAAUGCUCGUGAAUUUUCUUCAGCUGCCAAGGGCGAGACCCUGGAAGAUACCAUUAGAACAGUCGAGGGCUAUUCGGAUAUUAUUGUGCUCAGGCACUUCGAGAGUGGGGCAGCCAAGAAGGCUGCCAAUACAGCGAACAUUCCUAUCAUAAAUGCAGGAGAUGGUCCUGGUCAGCAUCCUACACAGGCGCUGCUCGACAUGUAUACAAUAAAACGAGAGAUUGGCCAUCUGGAUAACAUAAGAGUGGGGUUGGUGGGUGAUUUAGCUAAUGGGCGAACUGUACGAUCAUUGGCUUAUCUGCUUGCGAAGUACGAUGGAGUCAAAAUUUACUUUGUUGCUCCUGAUGUGGUCAAGAUGAAGGAUGAUAUCAAGGACCACCUGACUGAUUCAGGAGUCGAUUGGGAAGAAUCCACUGACCUGAUGGAAGUGGCAUCAAAGUGUGAUGUGAUAUACCAAACUCGUAUCCAACGUGAGAGGUUUGGUGACCGCAUUGACUUGUACAAUGCGGCUCGUGGAAAGUAUAUUGUGGAUACCAAGGUUAUGAAUGUGUUACCCAAGCAUGCGGUGGUUCUCCAUCCUCUACCACGUCUCGAUGAGAUAACUGUGGAAGUGGACAGUGAUCCCCGAGCUGCUUACUUCCGUCAAGCUAAGAAUGGUCUGCACAUUCGGAUGGCCUUACUCAAGCUGCUUCUUCUUGGCUACUAAGGGAGAAGCUCAUGUAGCAAUUUUGGUGCACAGGAUUAGGCUGCUGAGUGUUGCGCAUAGGAUUGAGAGUAGUGAACAGGGUUUCGUGAGGAGGUCACAUUGAAUAUAAAUUCAAUCGGAGAAGGAUUUUCUGUAAACUGACAAAAGCAACCUAGUGCAAAAGUUCCUACGAAUAAUUUUUUUGUUAUGUUCUGACUCCAGAACUUUCUGAAAUUGUACAUAGAGAGCUGCCUUUCAUUCAAUGUCGCAAACAACUGGGCACCUCCUAGAAAUUGGCGGCUUUGCUAAGUCACUAUUGAAUCAAAUCCUGGCUUCUUUCA